AGCCCUAAAUUCUUCGCUCCUCUUCGGCUCCGCCCAUCGAACCAAACAUUGAAACCAGAAUAAGCAGGCACAUAAGCGAGGAAGAGAGCUGCUUUAUACGCUGCCACUCGAUUCAUCUUGUUUGGCGUGCAAAAAUGGCAACAUUCGAACUGUACAGAAAGUCGACGAUUGGUAUAUUUCUUACCGAGACUCUUGACGAGAUGGUUCAGAACGGUACUCUCAGUCCUGAGCUUGCUAUUCAGGUUCUUGUCCAGUUCGAUAAGUCUAUGACUGAAGCUCUGGAAACGCAAGUCAAGAGUAAGGUCUCCAUUAAGGGACAUCUACAUACGUACAGAUUCUGCGACAAUGUUUGGACCUUCAUUUUGCAAGAUGUUUUGUUCAAGAGUGACGAAUGCCAGGAGAACAUUGGAAGGGUUAAAAUAGUGGCAUGUGACUCGAAGUUGCUAUCACAAUAAUAACACGUCCAACGUCUGCUCCAUUAUCGACAUGGAUAAAUUGCCUUCUAGGAGAACGGGACGGAGCCAAGAGAAGUGACCAAUGUUAUAAAUUCUUGAAAGGACCAAUUAUCAAAAGGUUGUAGAUUUGAAAGCCAUCAAUCUUGAUAUCUUUAAGAAUGAUCCGUGGGUAUUCGAUGGAUAUACUUUUUUCAUUGUAAUUUGCUCUAUGGGCAUUGGUAAAUGGAUCCAUUUAUCUUAGCAGGACUUAGCGGUUAAGACAAUUAUUUCCAGACAUGAGCCAUGAAUUGAUUUCAUAAUGAGAAUCGGAAUGCUGUCUGAUUGGCCAUUUUUUUUU